AUGUCCAGUCUGUCGAUAGAGGAUGGGAAUUCAGCUAGAUAUGACAGACAAGUAAGUUAUUUUAAUUUAUAUAUGGUUUCGCGACAGUUCUUGAGUAAAAAUGGUUUUUUAAGUAAUACCUUUGUUACCUUUGAAUAGUGUUGUUUAGAUAAAAAAUAAAAGCCGUAUCAUUAUAAUAUGAUAUGGCUAUUGUUUUAUUUUAAUGUGUUUUUCAAGGUUGAUCAUAUUCAUCUCCUUUUAGAUAAGGCUUUGGGGUGAUCGUGGCCAACAUAGCCUCGGAAGAUGUGAUUUGGCCAUCAUUGGAUCAACAGCUACAAGUACCGAGAUUUUGAAAUGUUUGGUUUUGGCUGGCAUUCGAUCUUUCACCAUUUUCGAUGAUGAACACGUCGGAGAAGUUGAUUUUGGUAGCAAUUUCUUUAUAACUCAAGAAGACACUGGAAGAUCAAGAGCGGAAGUUGUCACUAAAUAUAUAAAGGUAAUUUUAAUCAUUCUCAUACAUGUUCUACGAGUUUAGGAGUUGAAUCCAGCGGUAGAAGGACGGUUCGAGGAGAUCAAAUUUAAAAAUGACACUCAGUUCAACGUUUUGGAGAAGUUCAGCAUUGUUAUUGGAUGCGGGAUGAAUGCUAAUGUCUCUGUUCAGUUGGGGGACUAUUUAAGGCGGAGGAAUAUUCCAUUCAUAUCAACAUUGAGUUUGGGACUGCUGGGAUUCAUGAGAAUUUGUGUAGGAGAUCAUGAAGUUCACAACGCUCACACUGAGAAUGUUCCGUUCGAUUUUAGGUAUGAUUCAACCUGUUUUCGUUUAAAGUGCCAGUUUUUUCUUUUAUAGUUUACUAAGUAUUAUGUUCAGAAUUUGGAACCCUUUCCCAGCGUUAAAAGAAUACGCAGAUACCAUAAACUUGGAUGAAAUGGAACAUGAACAACAUUCACACAUCCCCUAUCUUUUAUUGUACAUAAAGGCCCUACCUCUAUGGAGAAAAACGCAACUGGAUACAGAUGCAUUACCUACUGCAGGAGCCAAGAAAAAGAGUUUUAUUACGUUGUUGAAGGAGAUGCAGAAGCCCAACGAGAAAGGGAUCCUGGAUGAAGUCAACUUUCAGGAAGCUUGUGACAAUAUUCAUAGAUCUUUUGCUAAUUUCAAGGUUUGUUUUUAAGAUUAUAUAAGGUCUCCUUUAAACAUUAAGGCUUAUUUUUAUUUUUCAAAGAUUUUUCUCACUUUAUUAUGUUUUAGUUACCGUACAACAUUGAGAACCUCUUCAACGACCCUCGAACAGAUUCAGAAAACUUGACGAUGAAGAACGCUACAGCCUUCUGGGUAUACGUAUCGGCCAUAAAGGCCUUCUUCAAUGAAACUGGCCAUCUUCCGUUGAGUGGUGUUCUACCCGACAUGACUUCUGACACGCAAAGCUACGUGAAACUGGUCAAGAUAUUCAACGAGCAAGCCCAUGCCGACGCUGAAUGGGUUCUGACGAAGGCUACGCAGAUUCUACACGAUGCUCGUUUGGACGCGAAAGUGGCCGAGCUGAGUUUUAAAGAUUGCCGAGAGAUUUGCAAGAAUGUCCUUGGCCUCGACGUCAUUAUGGGCCAAGGAAUUAAGGAAGAUACGAAGGGAGGGCUAACUGCGGUAAUUAGGCGCAUUUGGGAGGAAGUGCAGUACGAUGAAACAAGCACCGUGCAUCCGUUGGCGUGGUUGGUACUGCUGAAGGCGAGGGAUAGGUUCAGUUUGUCGAAGAAUAGAGCUCCCGGUACUAAUGGGGUACCAAUCACGUUGGACUCGAGGGAUCUGGCAGACAGAGUCAAGAGUAUUCUGGACGAAACUGAGGCAUGGUAUUGUAAUGUAUACUUUGAAUACUAUUUUGUUGAAAAGAGAUACAAAGCGAAGUUUUGUAAAUAUAAAUGACGAUUAAGUAUAUCAUUUCCAGGACGAAGAACUGAUAUCAAACCAAGACCGUAUCAUCCCCAACUCGGCCAUCAAAGAGAUUUGUAGGUACGGCACUGCGGAGCUCAACGUGGUAUGUUCGAUUUUGGGUGGGAUCGUAGCUCAAGAAGCCAUUAAGCUAUGUACUCAACAGUACGUACCCGUCGACAACACCUUCAUAUACGACGGUCGUACUCAAAAAUCGGUGUCAAUUCAACUUUGA